AUGAUUGAAUACAUACAACUUGACAGUCCUUGGUGGAACAGGAAAAUCGAUGGCUGGUGGUGGUGGAUUUAUCCAAAAGGAGGUGGUCAUAGUUGUUUGUCACGGUGGGGAGGUAUGCCUACUGAUCAAGUACUCGAAUAUGAGGUUAUUACUGCGAAUGGAAAGUUUCGUACGGUAAGCCCAUGUCAAGAUGCCGUCUUAUUCUGGGCAUUAAGUAGUAGAGGUGCUGGAACAGAUGUUGCAAAACAAGCAUCGGAUAUUAUUUUAACUGAUGAUAAUUUUUCAUCGAUUGUUAAAGCAAUAAUGUGGGGACGAAAUGUUUAUGAUUGCAUUGCAAAAUUUCUUCAAUUUCAACUUACUGCUAAUAUAUCAGCUGCUGCCGUAUCAGUUAUUUCAGCUGCAGCUAUUAGUAGUGUUCCAUUACGCGCUGUUCAAAUGCUUUGGGUCAAUCUUAUUAUGGAUACAUUAGCAUCAUUAGCAUUAGCUACAGAAUCACCAACUGAAGAAUUAUUAACUCGAAAACCUUAUGGUCGUACAAAAUCAAUCAUAUCCCCAUUAAUGUUACGUAAUAUUCUUGGCCAAUCUUGUUAUCAACUUGUUAUUAUGUUUAUUAUACUUUAUGCUGGACAACAUUUUUUGGGUUUUGAAUCAACUGUUGAAAAACUUCAAAAUAAUCCAGAUGCUGGAAAAGAAUUAAGUGCACAAUUUACAAUGGUAUUUAAUGCAUUUGUAUUAAUGACUUUAUUUAAUGAAAUUAAUUCUAGAAAAUUACAUGGUGAAAGAAAUGUAUUUAAAGGAAUGUUUACAAAUCCAUUUUUCUAUGGUAUUUUGUUAUUCUCUUUUGGUGCACAAAUUAUAAUUGUUACUUUUGGUGAUAAAGUUUUCAGUUGUGCAAGAUUAGAUAUUAAACAAUGGGCAUGGAGUUUACUCUUCGGUGUUGGAUCACUCAUAUGGCAGCAGAUUAUUUUAUUCAUCCCACUUAAACCAUUCAGUAAAUGCUUUUCAGUUUUAUAUCGUAUUUGUUGCCCAUGUUGUUAUAAAAAACAAAAGAAAACACACGGAGAAGAAGACGAAACAGAAUAUGAAAAAUCCGAUAGUAAAACUGAAACGAAACAAUUAACGAAAAAGAUCGACAAACAUGAUCGAAAUGAUAUUGGUGGUGAAAUAAUUUCGAAAUAUUCUACAAUUGGUCACUUAACUAAUGCAACAGUUAUUACUGAACCACCACCAGCGUUUGCUAAAUUUAUGCUUCGAAAAAGUGUUUAUCAACUUAAUUCAGAGUUUCGAGCUAUAACUGAAUUUCGAUCACGACUCGAACAAGUUCAAAAGCAAAGACAUGAAGAUGUUAUUGAACAUAAACGCCAUAGUCAAGAUAAUAUCCUUGAUGAAUAA